GAUCAAUUUCUCAAUUGGGUCGACUUUUGACUGCACUAGAAUACUAGAUGAUCUCUUGUUUACUUUUUUUUAUUUUUUACUUCUUUGUAACACCUGGUGUACUUGUUCACAAUCUUGCUUGCCCUUUCAUUUCAUGUUUCCUAAACUCUAAACAGCCCACAACUUUUCAAUAAUAAUAAUAAUAUUAUUAUUAUUAUCUAUUAAUACCUCCAACAUUUUUCUCUCACAUUCACCAUCAAUUUUUUUUCCAUUCAUUCUGUCACUACUUUGCUAUUCAGUCCUCUUUUUCCCCCUGUCUCUUUGCGUUCUUUCAGAAUUCAGCCCCUAGUAAACUUCAACGGAAAAACCCAAAUCCACUUCUUUCUUUUUCAAUCUUUUGAAACUUCAAACUUCUAUUAAUCAUACUUUUAUCUGGGUCUUCAUUUUUGUCCCUACCCCGGAUCAUAGUUUCAACAAAACUCUGUUGUUCUUCUUGCUUUGUACCAAAAUUAAACUCUAUAUUUUUUUUUGCUUGUUGGGUAUUUGAUAACAUUUUUAUUAUCCUCAUUUAUUUUGAGUGUGAUAGAUUUUAUCUUAAGAGAUGAUAUUGGUUUCUGUUAUCUAUUGAAGUCACCUUCUUGAUAUGAAACUGUAAUGCUUCUAACUUUUAAUUUAUCUUGGGAUCAAUGCAAAAAAAAAAAAAUGUAAAUUCUUCUAGAUUAUCUUUUGUUGUUAUUAUCUCUGUGUUUUAUUUUUCUUUAGUUUGCAUCUUAUAAAGAAUUCUUGCAUGUUUUCUUUGUUUUAAUUGGAUUUGUUUGUUUUGUUAUUCAUUUGUGAUGGAAAUUAGUUAAUUUGGCUUUCAAAUAUAUAUUGAGUUAUCUGAUUAAAGUUUCCUUCCUUAAUUAAUAUUUGAUUGAAGUAUGUAGGUUCUUCAAUGAAAUUAUACUUUUGCAUUAGUAUUGCAUGAAAGUGGUGACCCUUUACUUUUGGGGGGUAUAAGUAUGAUUUUAGUUCCUUGCUUUCGGUUGUGAGUUUGAAUUUUGCCCAAGAGAUAGCAUGAUUAUAAAGUUGUAAAAAAGUUUGUGUUUUUUGACAACCCAAAUUCUGAUUGGUCAAGAGGGAUCAAAGAUAGAAUGAGUUGAUUGAAACUUGAAAGUGUCUUUUUCUUCUGUAGUGUGUUUAUGUUUAUCACUGCUUGCUUUAAUUGCUGCUGAACUAUCUCCGGAUUAUAGCUUGCUUUAGUAUUAUUUUACUUCAGUUUACAGCAAUUUUGUAUUGAUUGAAAUAAAGUUUUGACUGCCAGAAAUUAAGGGGAGUUAAAGUCUGCUUUUUUGUAAUCUUGGAGAAACUCACAAGUGUUUUAGGAAUCCAAAAAAAAAAUAGGGGAUGUUUGGGGAAGUUAUUUCACAAUAGUUACAAAGAAUGACAUUGCCAUAUGCACUAUUUGCUUAGGUUCGAUAUAAUUAGAAAUUUUUCGUCACGAGGUCACUAUGUAUGGGUACUUGAGAUUGAGUGGUUGUUUUCUGUUUGUAGGAUGCUUGAUCUCUUGUUUUGAGUCCUUAAUUAUCCGGGUUUCUAUAUCAUGGGUAAACGUAGAGGAAAAAGCAAGAAGCAAACUGUUGUUACAGCUCAACAUGAUGUAGGGAAUGUGAAAGAGGAAAAAAUUCGGGCAUCUAAGAGUAGGGGAAGGCCACAAAAACCUUUCAAGGAUGAGGUUGUAGAUGAAGAGAUUGAGAAGAUAGCAAAUGGUGAUGACAAUGGUAAGAGUUCAAUAGAAAAUAAAAGCUCGAAAUGUCAAAUUAUUGCUGAGAAUGGAGCAAAAAGGAAGAGGUCAACUCAAGUGAAUGAAAAUUCAGAUGUUGUCAAGGAUGAUAAUGGCGCAGAAUCCAAGUGUAUUGCUGACAAUUGUGUAAGAUCUGUAGGGUUUAGGCAAAAUGGAAGCAGGCGAAAAAGCAAGCCUCACCGAGCUGCUGAAGUUGGUGUCGAAUGCAAAGUAGAUUGACAUAUCUCUAGUCUCUACUAUAACUUUCACUAACCCACAUUUUAUCUUGGCAGAUGGUUUAAACUAAAGGGUCAGCCCUUUUUGGCUAAUUUUUUGCUUUACUAUCUUCAUUGUUGCUGUUUCUUAUAAAGCUCAAACUCCUCCUCCAUUGCGAUUUUGGUAUUUCUCUGAUGAACAUAUUAUAUUGCUGAUUUUGAACUUGACAAGAGUUUCAAGCAAUGUGUAUUUUUGUUAGUUACUUCCAUAUGAAUCAUCUGUGCCUGUUUUUUCCAAUAUAUGUUGUGUACAUUUUUAGCCAUUCACCCUUCAUUGUCUUUAGCUUUACUGAGCAUAAUAUUUUUGGAAUCCAUGUAUAAAUUUUACCAAUAGAACAGUUCAUCUAGUUAUGCAACAUAAGUAACAAUUACUACUAUUUUAAAUGGCUGCAGUUGGUUAUUUGAAUUCAUGAAGGAUGUUGAUUGACAAAGUUAGGUUAGAAAGUGUCGACUGCUACUGUGGUACAAGACUUAAGUUCAAGAUGUUGCUCGAGGUAGUGAAGAAUGUUGUUGUUAUAUCUCUUCGAAUGUUCUUAGCAGGUUUGGUGAGUGCAUCAAUACAUGAAGAGGCUCAUGACUUUAUUGCAAUGUAUUUACAGAAUACCGCUUGUUGAUACAGCUUAUCAACAAUGCUAUUCGACAGUAUUGUUGGAACUAAAUUAUAGUGGGACAGCGAGAUAUUUGGGCGUGGAUAACAAAGUUCAGAUUGGUGUUGCCAUUUUAGGUGAAACUAAAUUUAGUAGCACAUCCUCUGUUAAUUGCUUUGAUGUUUCUGUAUUUGCAUUUUCUCGAUCGGUGAUCCGCCAAAUACAACCAAGGCUAAGCGCAAAAGGAAAGAGAAGCAAAUUCUCUUGCCGUGUAUGGCUAACUAGCAAACUACUACCUCUGUUCAUUUUUGAUCUACACAUUUUCCUUUACGGCUGUUCAUUUUUAAUAGUUAUAGUGUUACUUUACCUAUAAGAUAAAAUGUCCAAUCAUUAUUCCUCACUCUUUCCCCCCAAUUUGUCUCUCACCAAAUAAAUUAACCCACUUAAAAGUUAAAACCUCCCACCUGCCCCAUUUUAAAACCCCCCACCUGCCCCAUUUUUCUUCCUCUUUUAUUUUUUAUUUAUUUUUUGUAUGUACUUCUUAGUUACUCCCCACUUUUCAUAAUUCCUCUCCCCCCUCUCCUACUUUUUCAUUUUUAUCCUUAGUUCUCAUGAAAAGCAAAUCGUGUAGAUUAAAUAGGAACGGAUGUAGUACUUCAUAGCAAACAAGAGAGAAAAAGGGGAGUGAGGCACACACAAGUGCAAUUACCAAAUUGUUCUUCAUCUCUCUUGUUUGCUAUCAAACAAUUUGCUAUUUUGCUUUUUUUUUAGAUAAACAAAACUUCUGUCGUGUCAACUCCUUUAUGUCCUUGAGGUGGGGAAAAGAUUCAUUGUCAAUGUAGGAGAAUAGGAAGCUAAGUCUGUUUAUUCAUUUGCC